AGCCAUUUUGGCUCCAGCUGCUCUAGGAGGGAGGUGUGCUGGCGCAGCACCCAGGGUCCCUGCAGCCUUCUGAAGCCAUGGAGCAAGCAGAUCAGAAGCAGAUCAAGCAGAUGGCCACAUUCAUGAUUUCAGAGGCGAAGGAGAAGGCUUUGGACAUCCAGGAAAAAGGCAAGCAAGAACUCAGCAUCGAGACGCACCGUCUGGUAGCAGAUGGGAAGGAGAAGGUGCUGGCAUCCUACGAGAAGAUGCGGAAGGAGCUUACGACGAAGCGCGCCAUCGAGAAAUCACUGGCGAUCAAUAAGCAGCGGCUUGAGAAGAUCAAGCAGCGGCAGGAGGUGAUGAUGUCAAUUUCCAACGAUGCAAUGGCUGCGCUCACCAAGGUGCUUGCGGACCAGUCCAAGUGUAAGGACUUCGUCACCAAGCUGAUUGUGCAAGGCCUCUUGAUGCUUCUCGAGAGCGAGGUCACGGUGCAGUGCCGUCAGAAGGACCUCGCCCUUGUGAAGAGCUGUACGGAACCGGCUGCCAAAAAGUACACGGAAAUUGUUAAAGAGAAGAGCAAUGCCGACAAGACGUGCAAACUCAUCAUCGACGUGCAGAAUUUUCUUCCGCCCGAAGAACGGGACAAGGAGGGCAAGUCUUGCUUAGGCGGCGUCGUGCUCUCCUGCUUCGGCGGCAAGAUCACUGUUGACAACACAAUCGACGCUCGGUUGAAGCUGGUGAUGGAGCAGGACAAACCAGAGAUCCGUAAGAAGCUGUUCGUAUGAGUCGAGCACCUGAGGUUCAAAGAGCUCUAUGGCACUGCGUGAGGGCAGCGGGACCGGAGGAGGCUGGAGGAGGACCUCCCCCCAGCCCGUGUGCGCACCUCGCCGCCAGCUGGUGCCCUAGCGGCAGUCUGUGUCCAGGGAAAGGUGCCCCGAGGGAAACGGGUCCUAGACCUGGGCCUGUCCCAAGGACCAGUUCUGCAUUCCGAGCUGUCUCUUGACGGUCCCAGCGCUGGAGAGGCCCCAGGGGGGCCGACACUGGCGCAGCACAUGCAGGAUCUUUCCGUUCAUGCGUAGUGCAGGCCGAGGCAGGCUCGUAGUUUCUGUGCCAGGCUGUGCCGAGGUCUCUUCGCGUCCGAGGACUCACGGCUCUCCAGGCUGAGUCCAGGCUGAGGAGGAGGAGGAGGAGGAGGAGGAGGAGGAUACGCCUCUUCCAAGCAGCGGGCAUCCACGCACGACUGGCCCAUGGAUUUGAGGAUGGCCU